AUGAACAAGCAAGAACAACUGAUCGCAAAUGGACAAGAAUUUACAGUACUCUUAGCUGAACUUGGAUUUCAUUAUGGCAGGAUUUGUAAUAAGGCUGGAAACUCAGCAGAAGCUUUGGCUGUGUUUGAUAACCUGUUGAAAAUUGCAGGAAAUGAAAACCAUUGCAAAAAUGGUCAUUUUAAACUACAAAUACCUCCACAAGUUUGUUGCUGUAUGUGUUUAGUCUGCAAGGCAGCUAUUUUGUUGAACUCUACUAUAAAAUCUCAAACUCAAGAAUCUCUUCAGCAGAUAUUAUUCGAAAGUAACCGGCUAAUCUCCCAGAUCCUGAGGUGUAGCACAUUACCUUCACCAAUGUUAAAACUACUAUCAGACUCCCUGGAGUAUUUCAGAAUUAAUUUGCAAAAUGAAAGUAGCAAAAAGAGUAAGGAAAAAUCACCCACUCUUUCAUUGAAGACUCUUCAAGGAACAGUACAAGUGCUGCAGUCUUACAUCUCAGUCUUAUCUUUGCAGUGUGAGCGACCUAAGUCAGAGCUGCUUAAAUCCAAAUAUGACAAUAUCGUGGCACAGCUGAAACAACAGGUUCUAAAGACCAUGGAACGGCAAAUGACAGUAUUUAGUUUUGUUAUUUCUUCAUAUCAAGAUCAGUUGAAGAAUGAAAAAGAUGCAAAAACUACAAUCAGGGAUUCAAGGUCAGUAGUAUCACACAACGUUUAAAACAGUUAACUACAGUUUACACACUGUAGUUUAAGGAAAGGAUUACAUGUAUGUUGUGGUUUUAUUUCUCUUUAUUUUGGGGCAUGUUAAUAGAUGAAAAUGAGUGAAAAACAAAGGGAAACAGUGUGCAAAGAGAGUAGUAUCUGAUACCCUGGGGCUAGUGGAUUUUGCCAUUGGUCUAUUGAAUUCUGUUCUUAACUUGCCUGAUGGGCAAGUGAAGUAUUUUGAGGAAUUCAACUUACAGAAGAACUUUAAAAUCAAUUCUGCUCAUCAAAAAAUUUUGGGGGCUUAAGUUGAAAUGACGUUUGGGCUAGUAAAUGCUAGCUUCAGCUUGCCCAAAUGACAAGCUGUAAAAAUUACUUUCCUUGCACCCUGGGCCCAGUUGUUCCAUGGCCGAUUAGCGCUUAACCUGGGGUUAUAUUUAACCCGGGUUUCUUUUUCUUAUGUUCAAAAGCAUUUUCUUGGAUAAUUGUCUCUGUAAUUUUUAGAACUUCCAAGCAUCAACUUGUGGACAAAAAGAAUUAAAACUAAAAUGCUUUUUUAAGCUUUUAAAUCUGAAUUCAAAUCUCGCACUAACCCUGGGUUAUCUUAACCCAGCUUUGAACAACUCGGCCCUGGGAAAUAAAAUGUAAACCAAGGAUAAAUUUGAACCAUACCAUAUACAUGUAAACACUGCUCAAACUUUUAUGGCAUAUCCAGUAUCCUAAACUCUUGCCAGUCAGCCUAAGGAUUCUUGAAACAAAAUUGCAAAUAUCUUUUUUGUGUUGCACACAAAUGGGGAUAUACACAGUAGGCAAUAUCUCUGACAAGAUGGCAUUUUGGGGAAGAUGUACUGUAAGUAGUCUGGGUUUAGGAAGGUCCAAAGAGACUGAGAGAAAUCUGGUAAGAAUAUCUAUAAAGAAUAGGGGAAUGAAUGAAUUUACAGCUGUUGGUGGACCCUUACAAAGAACUACAGAGUCAAACGUUACUGGGUAUCAAUCUUGGGACAGUUUACUGUACUGUUAUGUUAACACAUUCUUUAUUAACACUAUGCAGAUGUCAGAUCUUUAACGACUGUAUUCCAGUAGUGGAACAAGCAAACUCUGUAAUUCAUUCUGCCCUUGAUGAUCCAGACAUCCCAUUGUCUCCAAACGAGCUCCGCUGGCUAGGCUGCAAUGUGUACAAUUUGGGCUGCGUGUCAUAUCAGAGAGAUUGCUUUACUGAAGCAGUUCCUCUGUUAGCAAUUGCUUGUGAAGAGCUGAGAGUAUGGUGCUUUGCUGGCAAGACUGAUGAGGAAAUUCUUACAAGGAUUGUGGAGGUAAUAAUGGCCUUAAGCCUUGUAAUUUUUCUAACAUACUGUGUGGCAUGAAAUGUUUGCGGAAGUUUGCGAUUUUUGUGUUUUGCGGGAACAAAUUUUGUAAUGAGGAGAGAUCAGUUUUUCUUGCUGGGAAUUGAUUUUUGUGAUUUCAGAAAGUCCCAGACCAAUCAUUGUUAAUAUUUUCCUUCUUAUUAAGUAUAUGCACAAUGGAAAUAUAUACUGUGAAAAAAGUUUCAAACAAUGCUACAGUUUGUGAACCCUACACUGUAUGUAAAACGAGUAUAACAGAUUACUUUUCUUUGUCAUUCAGUUACGGUAACAUCUGGGAUGACUGAUUGUUCUGAUGAUCGAUUGGAAGAAUUUAAGUUGGAAAAUAUUUACUGUGGAGAAAUUUUUUGCAGGAAAAAUGUGUCCUGGAAAAAUCGCAAAAAUUAGAACCCGCAAAACUUUUGUGCCACAAGGUAAAAAUGAUUAAAAUGAUGUACCAUUGUGAUAAGCCCCAAUAGUGAUUGUUACCAAAUUUAUCCUUAUGAUACUAGUGCUCAUCAAUCAUUGUUUUAAUACUGGGUAUUAAAUACUUGUAAUUAAUUUUUUUUGCACUGGGCAUAAAAUGCCACAUCAAUGAUUUUCUUUUUUUCUGAGAAAAGGAAGCAAACACUUGUGAUGUUAACCCACCAGAUGGGUCUCACAAUAAUGUGUCCUGUCGUGCCGUCAUUAAUAAUUAAUAUAACUGAUUUCUUUCAGGUGAAGCUCCUAACAAAAUUUGCACUGCUGACUGACUGUCAGCGACGAACCAAACAGAUGGCUUGUGCACUGACAACAGCUACCACUCAGGUUCUUAUAACACUUCAAACUGGUUGUGAUGCAAAUGUGUCAAGGCAGCAGAUCAAACAGUGGACCACAGUGAAACAUGAACUGGUGAAAAGUGUGCAAGAUGAAAAGAAACAAGCUGAAAGAUCAAGGUUUGUUGCGAAUUUUCGUUAAAAAAUUAAUUUUGCUUAAAACCAGGCACGCACCACUGGUUGAGAAUACAUGAAGCCUUCAGUGAGGUGCCCUUUUCUAAAAAGUAUGAGAUUCUGUUAGUUCAAAUACAUUAUGUCAUGUCUUACCUGUCUUUCUAUUUUUCUCUGUUUACCGUAGAACCCUGUGUAGUGUUUUAGCAGAACAGAAAGAUGCUGAUGGUAUUGACAGCGGUCAGCUUUGUUUAGUUCUUCAGGAAGAGCUUGCUUCUUACAGGGCAAAGAAGUAAGUUCCCAAAAACACAGACAUCACAAGCUUUCUGGACCUGUUGCAGAAACAGGGAAGAGUUCCUUAUUUUAAUUGUCCAUUUAGCUCUUUCAUUAGCAUACAAUCAUGUAUAAACCAGAUCCUGGAAAGAAAUAUUACAGUUAACCCGGAAAACCAUGAACACAAGAAAUAUUUCUGGAAUGCUCUUGUCGUGCAAGAGAAAAGCCAGGCAGGCAUGAGAAAAUUAAACCACAAGCAAGAACGUUAGUUAGUUUGUGGUUUUGUGGCCAGUUGGCAUGUCCUGAUCUUUGCUGUGAUUGGUCAUAACUCAAGAAACAUUCUUGAGAUAUUCCAAGUGUUCAUAGUUUUCGCGGUCACACUUUAAGGUCAUGUGCAUGUAUUGCGGAUGGGACUGUCACUAAGAAACAGGGGCUGGCAUUUCCCCCGGUGACUACGAGCGUGAGCCCAAGCUACUCUUGUAGAAAACAAAAGUAAAAUACACAUGUAGAACCAAAAGAAUUCCUAGCUGUACAAUUCCCCUCCUACUAAUUACAUAACUGUAGAUAUACCCAACAAUUUGAAAUUCUAGCAACAGCCCUAUGCUGAUGAGAAGGUUUCAUAAAAAAGCUCUCUUUUAUUUCAUAUACUGUAGUCAGUCUCCCAAAAUGUUUUGUCCUUAUUUUUAUACAUGUGUAUUCAUUUGUCAUUUGGGGGGUUCAUUUGAACCCAGGAGUCACUUCAUAAGUGGGUACAAUAUUAUUUUCGGGGUGAGUGUUAUCCUGAAUAUAAUAGGACUGUUGCUGACUCCGACAAAGAUGAUCCUGGGUUAUUCUUUAUCCCAAUUCUGUUUUGAACCACUCUGGCCAAUAUUUCACACCAUUAAGUGGUCUAUUUGUUCUCUUAUUUCUAGUUACGACACCACUAUGGAGCAAAUUUUUGUCAUCAGACAGCUUAUGGAGCUGUACAUUAUCCAAGAUGAUGAGUUUCAUUAUGGUUCAGUGAUGCUUGAGCUUGGUGUGACACUGCACAGCCUUGGAAACAAAGAUCUUGAGGAGGAAAAGUGAGUCUACUGCUUAUGUGUGUUUUGGUUUAGUAUGUGGCAUUUUGUCUUACAUUUAGGUAAAUGACUUUGGAAUAGCAAAAAUACAUUAACAUCAAACAUGCUCUUGCUUAAUCACAGAGUGUAACUUGUGGUAAAGGUAAAGGGACAUUCAACCAGCUGUUUUGUUACAAUGUCAUUCAGGGUUAUAUGGCCCAUUAUGAAGCCAGUCACUUUAGUAUUACAAAUUGCAAAUCUAGCCCCAGUUCAAAAGGUGGAUAAUGCUAUCUACUGGAUAAAUCCCUAUCCAGUGGAUAGCACAAUUGUUUGUUAUUUGAUCCACUGACUGGAUAGUGAUUUAUCUGGUGAAUAGCCCUAUCUAACGUUUGAACAACCAGGGCCAGAAAUAUAUGGGAAUGGACCGGGGGUGGUCAGGUGUGAUACAGUGUACCCCUUGCUCCCUUUGCUUAUAGUCGUAUUUCCUUUUAUAAUUUAGCCCCCGCCCCCUUCCACUGGCACCCAAUUGCAAACUUACAUAAUGAACUUAUUCCCAUAUAAUUUUAUUUCUCUUUUUAGGUUGAAGGCAUAUGUCUGGAGCAGCCAUUUAUGUCAUUCCUUCAUUCAGCAUUGGAAAUGUGGACAGUGUUAGCAAAUAGAUCAGUGCAAGAAGGGAAAGACAGAAAGGUAGAGUUUGGUCAUUACUAUUGUGCAGUUUAGUUUUUUUUUGAUACAUGCCUACUGGAUCAGAGGCAAGAAAAGAGAGCACUUCUUUUUUUCUCAUCCCGUAAAAACUUACUCGCGGGUUAAAACAUGAAAAGUUUGGAAACUUGAUUUGUCUGCACAAAUACUAUAGAUUCAUUUAAGCAAUAUCUGUUGUUAUUUUUGCAGAUUGACUUGCAACACUUUGUUAACCCUGAGGAAACUUGCCAUUACCUUCUGAUUAUUGCUGGAGUGUUUGGACUUGUCAACCAGGUAAACUGAAAGGAAAUAGAAGGCUGUUUCUGGGGACUGUCUCAUGGAACAGUAACUGACGCAAGCUGUGUUAGGUUCCUUCUGCUGAUGAGUUCUAAAAGAAGAAGAAUAACUGUAGUAUGUUAAAAAUUAAAGCAGUACUCAUUAAAAAAAAACAAAACAUGUUUUCAAUGAAAAGACUACAGCUGUAUAUAAAUACAAGUUAAUCUCAAGAUAAUUAAAAAACUUUCUAAAAUUAGUCGCUGAGGGUGAAAGGAAUCAUAUCAACAGGUGAAAAUCAUGCGUUAUCUACUUCAGUGACUUGCAGUGUCCCUUGGGAAACUAGUUUAUAUCUUAAUGUGUCCAUCAAUCCAACCUCAGGAGUUUGAAAUAAUCUGGAAACAAAAUCUGCAAAUGUGCUUCAAAUAAAAUAAGCCCUCUGGGGGCUUACAGUAGGAGAAGGAUUUACAGUAAACUGUUUUCCUUGCAACCAUUCAUUGAGUAAUUGUUAACUUUUUACAGCCAUUCAAGAAGGUGUGUGCUCUUCAUCUUGCUGCUACCAUUGCCCAAACGAUCAGCACUAACAGUAUGCUGGAUAAUAGAAUAUCUGCCUGUAGUGAAGCUGUUCAUACUCUGUGUGAUGUACUGGACAUUUCUCAUGCCAGUCUUCUGCUGCAUCAGACCGGUGAUGUGCUGGAAACCUUUGAACCAAGUGGUUCAGUUAUGGUCCAGUUUCUGUUGGCAAAGGGUCACUAUCUGUUUGUGGCAGGAAAGGUGAGGUUGUUUCUGAAUCAUUUCUUUUGCUUUAUUCCUCUAAGCACAAGGGAUAAUGAAAAUUAUAAGCCAGGAGCUACUUACUUAUACAUGUAGUCCAAUUAGUCUGUUAUAAAAUUUACUAUUUCACAUAUACAUUGUACAUUAAAUGUACAACUUGCAAUGUAUGAGUGUUUGCUAAUAUUUUUUAUGCUUGUCAGUGCUUGUGUAUAGUUUACAAAAGCAUAAGUGUGUAACGCUCUUCUAAAUUAUAAUACUUACAGUCUUUAUCGAUUUGUCAUUCCCAAGUAUUUUGCAUUUCCAUUCCUUUUUGAUCUGAGAGAAUAAUAUUGAUGCACAAAAUGUUGCCAUGCACAUGGAUGUUGUUAUCCAAGGUAUCAGCAGAGGUUUUGCCACUGAUGAAUUGACUCCAAAUGUGCAAUUUCUGAUUUUGUUAAGACCUGAACCCAUGAAUGAACUCAUGGGAUUUUAACACCGGUUAUAAAUUGGUGCUUUAACAGUAUCAUACCAUAAAAUCUCACAAGCAACUUAAAAUGUCCUUAGAUUUUGUUAUUUGCUUACAAGUACUGGACAAGUACUGGUACAGGUACCUCAUUAAAUUUUUCACAAGAUGAGUCCCAGGACUCACCAUAACUAUUUGUAACAAAAUCACUGGUUUACACAUAGAUGCCCUGGAUGUCACAUGUUCAGAUCACUUGGUUUCUGUCAAUUUUUCCUCAGAGCACAGCCUUGGCUACCAGUCCCUGCCUCUUAGAGUGUAACCUCACAUUUAUCAGUAUCUGAGUGACUGUUUGUUUUCCUCUAAACUAAAUAUAAUUAUCUGUUCCUGUGUUUAGUACUCAGAGGGAGAGCAGUGUUUAAUGGAAGUGUUACAGAGUGAUGCUUUGACUCAGAAGAGCUACAAGUCCCACUUACUGAAGGCCAGAUUAAUGUCUUUGUGUGCGAAAUACUCCAUGCUCCCAGCGAAACUCCACAAAUUCAGCAUUACUUUGGGUGAGUUAAAAACUCAAUUUGAUAAUUUACCAGUAAUAUGUUGUUUUAGUAUUCUAGUAAUAUGUAUAUUCUAGUUAGACCAGCAUCACAGUAGGGAUUAUGUACCAACAGUUUAUUUCUCUGGGAAAAUCAAAUCUGAAGUUUUGCAUCUUAUGAAUCCUGGGCCAAAAGUAUAGUCAUGGGUAAAACUAAAUUGCGAUUUUUUUAGGUUUUAUGAUCUCUGCAUUUCUUUGCUCAUGGAUCCAAAGAAAGACCAGGAUUUCCUGUAAAAAUAUGAGGCCAACCAUCUCACCACCUCAGAUUCUGCAAGUACCACUGGAAUACUCGAGAAUCCAUUCUUUUGAAGAAAUUUAUUUGGCUAAGAAAAGUAAAAAACCAUUGAUAGUUCUCAAAACAUAAAAAAUAUAUCUGAUCUUGGCAUCUUUGAUGUCUAGCAUUGGAAAAGGUGGCUGUCUGACAUCAAAACCAUCAACUGUCAAAGGAAAUCUUUUUGAGAUUUUUUGAUUUCCCAACAUUCCCUUAAGAAAUCCAAAAAUCUGAGAUCAAUUAUCUAAUUUUGGGUCCCUGCAUGGAAAUGUACCAACCUUGUCAUUGUGUGGUUACAUGUAACAGAGGAUUGAAUAAUGGCCUGAACACUGAAUCUAGUAAGGUGUCCAUUAAGGGAAUAUUGGGUGUGUUGCUUUGGGAUGAUCAGGAUCAGUGAUCCGAGAUCACUCCGAUCAUUGUAGAUCAAAUGAACUGAUGAAUCCUUGUUCAGAGUGGAUUCAUCAGUUCAUUAAUUUUGAUCUACCGUGAUCCGAGUGAUCUCAGAUCACUGAUUCUCAUCUGGAUCAUUGCAAAGGAACGCACCCAUUGACUCUAUCAUGAAUGAUCUUGCUCUUUUGUGAAGAUCCUGUUGUUGGUUCACUUACUGCUUUGGAAUGUGUUCUUGAUGGAUUUCACAAGUUAAGCCACAUGGCUGAGGAGUUUUUUGGAGAGGAUGUGUUCAGCAGUGGGCGAAAGAAGGGCAAACAGAAUAUAAAUGUGUCAGGUAAAAAGAAGACCCUUUUCUAUCAUAAUGUUAGCCUGCAAUUAUCCAAUGUUACCUCUCAGGACAUGUCACUGAAUAGUUUGUCUGGCAUGUUACUUUUUUGUUCCUGCUGUUACCCUCUCUUCAUUCAACAACAGUUACUUCCCUUUCCCAAAACGCUGUAUUAUUGUUUUAAUUGUGUCAAUAACAAAAUGUUUCAAUCUGAUUGGUACAUAACAGCCCAUAUUUAUCACUUAAUUUUGCUAUUUAACUCCAAACUGUCUGAUUUGAGCUGUCCAAUACCAGGAGCUUGUAAUCGGACAGUUAAAGAACCAAUGAAAAUCAAGUAGCAAAUUCCUCUAGCCAAUGAAAUUUAACUACAUAGCACAUGAUAACCAAUCAACAUCAAUGAAAAAAUAGUGAUCAGGUAAGCUGUCCAGCGUCAACUGGAAAAGAAAAAUGGAUGAAACUAAGUUGUCCAGUGACUUUUAUUUACAUUAAUAAAUAUUCUAAGACUGAGAUUCUGGUAUUUUGUUGUUGGCAUAAUUAACUGGUAAAAGGACUUUGUGUCGUACAAUUCAGGGGUGAUCGGACUCGUAAUUUGAAGUUACUAGCCCGAUUUCUCCCUGAAUUGUACUUCACUCAGUCCUGUUACCAUUAGUAAGAAGCUGCAGCCUCCUUCUUUUGCCUUGAAUUGGACUUAAUCAAACUGCAACCUACAGUUGAACUUCUCCACAUUCUUUGCUUCUGUUUAAAGAGGUCUCAAAAUUUAAUGGAUCAAAUUCUAGCCAAAAGUGGAAGUGAAUUUUUUCCUGUUCUUUUCAUCUUCUUUUCACGUGUGUGAAUUGUUUGUUUCAAUUAUGUUCAUUUCUUUAUCAUCAACAACACUAACUCAACACUUUCAAAAACUUAAUUUUGUUUCAAUUUCUACAGCCGAGGGCCCUCUUAUUCUACCAAGUGUCAAUCAAAGCCUUUUCCAGAUGUCACUCCUGAAUGAGCUUCUGUCUUCAUUACUACAAGUUGGCCAGUUAUAUGCCCAGCAAGGUGCUGUAAGAGAGGCAUUCAGGCAGUUUGUAGAUGGUCUAACUUUGGCAAGACACUUUGCUCUACCUUACAGGUAUUCAUUAUAAUGCUUUUCUUAAACCAGCCUCGUUUAAGAUUGUCUGAUCCAAUACACAGUAGUCAGCCAUAAUUAUCUUGCACUUUUUUGUUCAUUUUCAGCAGUACUGUAAUGCUAUGUUAGUUCCUAGGCAGAAAAAAGAAUUCAUUUUGUUGGUCUUUGAAAGACGUGAUUUUGUUUCCUCUGCGUCCUGCGUCCCUGAUGCAUAAAAAUCCCCAAAGAGGCAAAAUAAUUCAUGAAUUGUGUCCUGUAGGAUGCAAAGAACGAUCGAUCGAUUUGAAGAUGAUUUUUUGGUACAAUAUCCUGUUCGUGGGAUUUCUUUGGCUAUUGUUUAAAGAUGCAUAUUUAUUUUAGUCUUUUUUGGGCUUUAAAUAUACAGAUGGACUGUAUUUUAAUUUCAGUAAACUGUAAUAAAAUGUUUGACGUCUGUCUCUGGGUUAAUUGCUGGUUACAUAAAGGCCCAAGCAUUUUCAAUUUAGGACUCCUUUUUCUGUCUCAAGGACUCAUGAUUUUUGAUGAUGAGUCACAGAACUCACCAUAACCAUUUGUAACAAAAUUACUGUCUUUCCCUGACAGGCUUUAAAUUCUUUUUCUUAGUUACAUAAUGUAAUUGCAAGGUUGCAGCAUGGAAGUAGCUAAAUUAAAAUCACUGUUAUUGGUGACGUUUAUAUAGCAAAAGAAUAAUUUCUGGCCAGGCAUUAGAUCCUAUUUUCAUUUUGCUUGGGAGAUGAACAUUUUACGCAAACUACGUAAGAGAAUAUAACAUUGCCUCCUAUAUUCGACCUGAUUGCAAGCAUGUUGAUAGAACUUAUAAUUCUUCUCCUUUAGGAUUGCAGAAUUUUUCAUUAACAUUGCUCAGUUGGAACUCAAACAAGACAAGGGUGAUAAGUGUGAAAGUCGGCUUGACCAGCUUAAUGGACACCUACAACCAGUUUUGAAAUCUUCCAGCCAAUCCAAGCUUUCCAAAAAUGAAAUUCAAGAACCUCUGCUUCUUGGUCAUCCAGAGACAUGCGAGUGUGUAAACUGUAUUGAUACAACACUUCACAACAUACUGAUUAGGUACUCCUUGAGUGUUGCCAAAUAUCUCUUGUAUGUGUCCAGACCCGAGCAAUCAGGGAAGGCUUUAGAACUGGUGCAUUAAGUGUGUCAGUGUGCUGAAAAGAAAAUGGUGAUGUGUGUUCAGAGACUUGAAAUGAUUUUAUGUAGUUGUGCAUGUAGUGCUCCAAGUGAAGGGAUUUUGAAAGAGACAAAGAAGAAAGGCAAAGCAAAGUCUACAAAAGGCAGAAAACAGAAAGAGGACACGGGGCUACAAAGUUGUUCUGUUUCACAGUUAAUGUUUUGUCAGUAUUUUGCUUCAUUCUACUGCAUUUAGUGCGCCUGUUUAUAAAGGUUUUUGUUCCAAUUCUUUAUUUCUUUAUUCAUUUUAGACCUACAGAGCUGGAUGCAUUAGUUUUCGGCCAUCUUUAUUCAGUUUUGACCGGAUAUCUUUCAGAUAAUUCUCUCAGUUCUGUCGUCAGGGUGAACAAGAACCUUGAUAACUUUGUCGUGAGAAUAUUGAGGGAAUUCUUUCAGUGACUAAUCAUGAAUCUGCCAUUUGUUUGGCUCACAAAUAUUUCUCAAGGCCAUUCGUACCUUAGAAAAAUUAAUAAGUACAGACAAGAAAAAGUGAGACUUUUUUCUUCUGCUCUUAUAAAUGCACAGGUGUCUUAUAGCUCGGGUACGUUUUAUUCAAGAUUGCCAGGUGACUAUGGGCGUAUUAACUUGAUUUUUCUGAUAGACGACCACCACCUCCCGUAAGCGAGCGACCACUUUGUCGUACAAUGUAAUUAUUCACUUCUUAUUUCAAUUUUAACAACCCCCAAUCCAAUAUUAAUCCAAUUUUCCCAAAUACACCCCCCUAGUUUUUCUGCUUUAAAAACAUUCGAAAAAUCAUCC